AACUCACUGUCCAUUUUUCGUCCAAUCAUAUCACCGGCUCCUUUGAACAUGUAAAACAUUUUUUUUUGAGAUGGUCAUCUUGGGAAUGAACUCAGCGAGCCAAAAAAAUUCGUAAACUCCGUCACGCCUUGGAACCCACAUGCUUUUCAUGCUAUUGCCCUCGUUCACGUCAGUACAGUCGGAACCCUACCAUAGUCCGUUUUAUAUAAUACAUAUAACAUUGUUAUACCCCAGUUGGCAGAUAUCUUUGGAUCGAAAAAUUAUUUAUAAUGUUGGCCAAAAAAAAGAUGAACAACGGAGUUUUUUGUUUUGCAUGUGCAACCUGCAGCGUUACGUAAAAUAUGGCCAUUGCAUGGGCGUGAUGGGUAGAAAAUGUGCAUUGUCCUUCAUGUGGGCUUAAUUAUAAAAAAGUUGAAUGUCAAGGAUACGCAUCGUCAAGGAUACGACUCAAACCAAUCUAAAACAAGAAAGGUUACAGUUUGA